AUGAGUUCAUGUUGUUGCCGUCGAGGCCUCAACACCUUUCUUCGGCCCGCGCAAGGGCGCAUACCCCGCUUCGACUACCAUCAGAAAAGGCUCCUCGCGUCGCAGUCGACCUCGCAGACAUGGAAACACCGUAGUCUCGAGCUGCCGGUUGGACUCAGUGGGAGUGUCAAAGUCGAUGUCUUCUCUCCGAACCGAACAACGAGAGAAGAGCAUGGGCGACGAAAUCUACUCGUUCACCUCCCUCCUGGUCCCUCCAUAGGGAGAAAGGACACCCCGUCGAUCGACGUCCUCGCACAGCUGCGAAAUAGCUUCCCACCGUCAACCUCGCUCGUCUCGAUAAACUAUAGGCUAGGCAAUUACAUAGAUUCCACAUCUUCACCGAAAGAGCCCACAUACUUUCCGGUCCCUGUCCACGACGUCGCGACCGCAUUCGACUAUCUCACCUCUCCAACCUCUGCCUUCAAUGCGGGAUAUUCGGAGGUGCCGAAGAUAUGUCUCUUGGGGAGCAACAUCGGAGGCGCGCUCGCGACAAUGCUGGCUCUGACGGAGCCGAAUGAAAUCCACGGUCUUGCAUUGGUAGAGCCAAUGGCAGACUGGACCGGGCUGGACGACGUCGUUGAACAGCUGCAGACCGUUGAGACAUCCUCGACCUCACAAAAGAGGCAGAAGCAGAAGCUCACACAUCGCUAUGGGGAAAAGAAGGAAUCAGUCAUUGCUGCGGCCAAGGCGAUGAUCAGGUUACGAGCGAGUUUGUUUCAGACACCAUCCGCUUACUUUGAUCCAUUUGCCAGUCCGAUGCUAUUCCUCCGCGCGCCGGGCAAGGACACGCCUCUAGCAAGUACAAUAGCGGAUCAGUCGAUCACUGGCACAAGUCUGGAUCAACUCGAUGGCUAUGGAGAUUAUGAUUCCGUUGAUCCUGCCACUGAUGACUCGCAGGAAUCCAGGCCUGUGAUUGACGGGGACAGCGGUUUCGGAUUGAUGACCACGACACAGCCUCGCCGUCGAAAAGUCCUCAGGCGCUGGCCCGCCGUGGGGAACCCUGAAUCCGUCACCUUGCCGUAUGUGGGGGUCUUCGUGGCACCUCCGAGUGUUCGAGAUGUGCACCAGCCGAACUCCGAAGCAGAUGAUCUUGCUAGGGGCCAUGCAGCGCUGAUGCGGGCGCAGGGACUUGAGUUGGUUGAAUUGAUGCGGCGUGCUUGUUUUCUUGGCCGAGAGAAGAGCUUUGCAGAGGAGCGUGUUCAGAUCCAUGAAGGACAGGAUCAGCUGCAGAAACAGCAGCAGAUGAAGGCGGAAAUGCAACAAAGUGCCAUUGACUGGGUCGCGAGAAUGUUUCUCAGCGACUGA